AUGGAGCAGCAGGUGGACGCGCAUGGCGUUGGCAGCGCCGCGUUCCGGUGCGACCUCGAGGGGCUGGAGGCGGAGCACGAACAGGAGGAGAUAAUCGACUACGACGCAGAGUCGGGCUCUGAAUCGGUCGAGAUCUCGGACCUGAAGAAGCGCAUGUGGAAGGACCAGAUGCGUCUCAUGAAGCUCGAGAGCCGCGCCGGUGCCAGGCGGGCUCCCACCGCCGGGCCGUCGGCCGGCCAGAACCAGAACCAGGAGGACACCCCCGAGGUGCGGUGCCGCCGCAAGGCGAUGCUCCGCGCGCAGGACGGCGUCCUCCGCCACAUGCUCAAGAUGAUGGAGGCCUGCAACGCGCGCGGGUUCGUGUACGGCGUCAUCGACGAGGCCGGCGAGCCCAUGUCCGGCUCCUCCGACAGCCUCCGCGGCUGGUGGAAGGACAACGUCAUCUUCGACCGCACGGGGCCCAUGGCGCUGGCCGGCUCCGCGGACAGCUACAGCCCGCUGGGGCUAGCGUCCUACCUGCACCGCCUCCAGGGCAUCCAGGACAACACGCUGGGAUCCGUGCUCUCCGCGCUCAUCCAGCACUGCGAGCCGCCGCAGCGCAACUUCCCGCUGGAGCGCGGGCUGGCGCCGCCGUGGUGGCCGACGGGGAAGGAGCCCUGGUGGGGCACGCAGGGCGAGAUGCAGGCGCACCAGGGAGCGCCGCCGUACCGGAAGCCGCACGACCUCAAGAAGGCGUGGAAGAUCUCCCUGCUCAGCGCGGUGAUCAAGCACAUGAGCCCGCGCUUCGACCAGAUGCGCAAGCUCGUGUGGCAGUCCAAGCGGCUGCAGCAGAAGAUGAGCGCCAAGGAGUCCGAGACGUGGUCCAAGGUGCUCCGGCAGGAGGAGGCGCUCAGCCGGCGGCUCAAGACGUCGCUCAAGAUCACGCCACUUGAUAACGACGAUGGCUGCAGCGAGGACGGGGACAGCGACGGCCUGGAAGACGUUGUGCGUGGCCCGCAAGACAAGCGCAAGUGCGACAACGUCGAGAGCGGCAGCUCAGGAGGGAAAUGCCACAGACCAGGAGGCGGGAGCUGGGAGCUGGCGGCCAUGCUGCCCGAGCUCGAGGGCAAAGUCCUCAGCGAGUGCCAGAGCCCAAUCAAUGAGCUCAUGGAGCUCUACUACAAUUGCCUUCAGGGAGACGAUGCCGAGGAGAAGCACGACGUGGCGGUGGUACCUCCUAGAGUGCCCGGCCGAUGCGACGAUGUGGCGCAGCAAUUCCUCUUCGAUAUCAUCGGGAGCUGCCCGGAAGUAGACCAUGUGUUGCGCUUGAUGGAGGAGUGA